AGAGAAGAAGGGAAGGAAAUUAAGAUGCCAGGCUGUGGCUGUAAAGAAGUUGUGCCCUUUGCAGCCAUGGCCGCCGUAGAGUUCGCGACGGUCGGCGUAAAUACGUUGUACAAAGCAGCCACUUUGAAAGGGCUGAGCUACUUUGUCUUCAUUGCUUAUUCUUAUUUUUUAGGUACUCUUGUUCUUCUCCCUCUUCCCUUCAUAUUUCCAAGGAGUGAACUUCCUUCUUUCGAGCUGUCUUUUUUCAUAAAAAUUGUCCUUCUUGGAAUAAUUGGGUUUUCAUCCAACAUAUGUGGAUAUAAAGGUAUAGAAUACAGUUCUCCAACUCUUGCCUCAGCUGCCAGCAAUCUUACACCGGCUUUUACUUUCAUAUUAGCCGUCAUCUUCAGGAUGGAGAAUAUGGAUGUUAGAAGCUCAGUGACUCGUAACAAAAUCAUAGGCACCGUACUUUCAAUAUCAGGCGCAUUGGUAGCGGUUCUCUACAAGGGCCCUACACUUUUAUCCCCUGCUUCUUCAUCUCCUUCUGAAUUAGUGUCUCUUAGCCUUCAAUAUUCUUCAGAAACAUCGCGAACGAAUUGGGUCCUUGGAGGCCUUUUACUAGCUUUGGAAUACCUUCUUUGCUCAAUCUGGUACAUUCUUCAGACCCAGGUGAUGAAAACGUACCAAGAUGCAAAAAUUGUGGUGCCCGUGUACUUUCUGUGCGCCACAACUAUUGCAGUACCAGUAUGCCUUAUAGCAGAACCAAAAUUGAGCGCUUGGACAUUGAAGCCUAAGAUAUCAUUGGUCACUGUUGUAUUAUCAGGAUUUUUUGGUAUAUCUUUCAGCACAUUACUCCACACGUGGGGGCUUCACUUGAAGGGACCUCUCUAUAUCUCUAUCUUCCGGCCACUUUCUAUUGCCAUUGCAGCUUUUGUCGGUGUCGUAUUCCUUGGCGAUGAUCUCUUCCUUGGGAGCGUUGUUGGAGCAAUUAUACUACUACUUGGGUUUUAUGCUGUAAUAUGGGGAAAAGCACAAGAAGAAGAUACCAAGGAUUAUGGGAAGAUCCCUUUGUUGCAGAGUUAUAGAGUUGAAGAUAUGGAGAAUAAAUAGCACAUACAAAUGAAUUAUGUAAUUAUUGUGUUUUCAUCUCUCUAGACACGGUUAAUGCAAACGAUCAUUUCAACAUUCCUUUGGUGAACCAGGAAAAGAGUGAACAAAAAAAAAAAUAAAAAGGAGAUGAAAAUGAUUAAAUAUUUUUCCUUUUGCUUCUUUCACUCUUGCUUAUGAUCGCCUGUAACUAUUUAUUUAUUUAUAAAAUAAAUUGAUUUUUUUGGUUGGGGAC